CAUUACCGUCAUUGCAUUAAUUGCUUUAAUUACAGGUCUGGGGGAGCCGCGCUCCCGCUGGGUGCAGCAGGUUGGGAGCCGCGCUGUGAGCAGCACGAGGAGCUUGGCACGGCGGUGGGCCCACAAACGAUGCGCCUGAUGCGGAUCUUCGUGAACGACGACCGCCACGUGAUGGCGAAGCACAGCGCCGUGUACCCGUCGCAGGAGGAGCUGGAGGCCGUGCAGAACAUGGUGUCACACACCGAGCGCGCCCUCAAGGCCGUGUCCGACUGGAUCGACCAGCAGGAGAAGGUGGGAGGGGAGCAGCCAGACCCCGAGGGCAUGGACACGGCCAACGAGGACGACAAGGACGGGGGGGAGCAGAAGGCGGCGGAGCAGCUGACGCGGACGCUGCGCGGGGUGAUGCGCGUGGGGCUGGUGGCCAAGGGGCUCCUGCUCAAGGGGGACCUGGACCUGGAGCUGGUGCUGCUCUGCAAGGACAAGCCGACCUGCGACCUGCUGCACAGGGUGGCCGACAACCUGGGCGUGCAGCUGGCGGCCAUCACAGAGGACAAAUACGAGAUCAUCCAGGCUGUGGGCGACGCCGCCAUCGUCAUCAAGAACACGAAGGAGCCGCCAUUGACGUUGACCAUCCACCUGACGUCGCCGGUGGUGAGAGAGGAGAUGGAGAAGCAGCUGGCUGGAGAGACGCUCUCAGUCACCGACUCCGCGGACGUUCUGGACAGGCAGAAAUGCCUUGAUGCCUUGGCGUCACUGCGGCACGCCAAGUGGUUCCAGGCCAGGGCGAACGGCCUCAAGUCGUGCGUCAUCGUCAUUCGUGUCUUGAGGGAUCUGUGUACCCGGGUUCCCACCUGGGCGCCGCUCAGAGGAUGGCCCCUGGAGCUGCUGUGUGAGAAGUCCAUUGGCACGGCCAACAGACCCAUGGGUGCCGGGGAGGCGCUGCGCCGGGUGCUGGAAUGUCUCGCGUCCGGGAUCGUCAUGCCAGAUGGUUCUGGUAUUUAUGAUCCUUGUGAAAAAGAAGCCACUGAUGCUAUUGGGCAUCUAGACAGACAACAAAGGGAAGAUAUCACACAGAGUGCUCAGGCUGAGCGUGAGCCAGUAGGGUGUGCUUAUGGCCAGUGGUUCCUCAAUGGAUGCUCAAUGGGUUCCCAAUGGGUUCCCAAUGGUCCUCAAUGGGGUGCCCCAUGGGUUCCCAAUGUGUUCACAAUGGUUCCUCAAUGGGUUCCCAAUGGAUUCCCAAUAGUUCCUCAAUGGGUUCCCAAUGUCUCCUCAAUGGUUCCUCACUGGGGUGCCCUAUGGGCUCCCAAUGGGUGCCCCAUGGGUUCCCAAUGCCGGUCCAUGCCCCCCCUUGUCCAGGUGCUGCAGGACAUGGGGCUGCCCACCGGAACCGAGGGCAAAGAGUCCAACAAAGGCGACGAGUCGGCCGAGGAGACGGAGCAGAAGCCGGUUCUGGUUCCUCCCCCUCCCGUGGUGGAAACUGUGUCUGCACCCAGCGCCGCGUCCCCCCCUUCGGAUCAGACCUCAGAGAACGUGAAGCAGCAGGGACCAAUCCUGACCAAGCACGGCAAGAACCCGGUGAUGGAGCUGAACGAGAAGCGACGGGGGCUCAAAUACGAGCUGAUCUCUGAGACGGGGGGCAGCCACGACAAGAGAUUCGUCAUGGAGGUGGAGGUUGACGGGCAGAAGUUCCAGGGCGCCGGCUCCAAUAAGAAAGUGGCCAAAGCGUACGCGGCGCUGGCGGCGCUCGAGAAGCUUUUCCCCGACGCCCCCGUCGCCAUCGAGCAGAACAAGAAGAAGAGAAACGCGCUGCCCGCCAGGGGGGGGCCCAAGUUCGCCGUCAAGCAGCACAAUCCCGGUUUUGGGAUGGGGGGUCCCAUGCACAACGACGUCCCCCCCCCACCCAACAUGCGCGGCCGGGGCCGGGGCGGUAACAUGCGGGGCCGCGGGAGAGGCCGGGGCGGCUACGGGGGCAACCAUGGCGGCUACAUGAACGCAGGCGGCGGUUACGGGAAUUACGGCUACGGGGGCAACUCGGCGACAGCGGGAUACAGUCAGUUCUACAGCAAUGGCGGCCAUUCCGGCUCCGGUGGCGGCGGUGGAGGAGGAGGCGGCGGCGGAAGCGGCGGCGGUUCGUCGGGUUUCAGCUCCGGUUCCGGUUCCGGUUCCGGUUCCGGUUCGUACUACCAGGGCUCGGACACGUACGGCUCGGCCCCGAAACACGCGGGGAAGAAGCAGCAACAUGGCGGGCAGCACAAGGCCGCGUUCGGCUCCGCGUACCAGGCCCAGCCCCAGCCCCAAUACGGGCAGGGGUACGCGGGGUACGGGGGGCAGGGCAAGCAGAAGGGAUACGGGCAGGGCUACGGCAACUACGGCAACAGCUACGGCAGCACCGGGCCCCGGAGACCCCAGGCGACGCACGGGAGGGGACCGCGGAGCCCCCAGAGCCCCAAGAGACCCCCCAGAGCCCCCCGAGAGCCCCCAAGACACCCAAGGGGACGCACGGGAGGGACGCGCGGAGGCCCCCCAGAGCCCCAGGAGACCACCCCCAGAAGCCCCCGAAGAGCCCCAGGAUCCCUCCGGGACGCACGGGAGGAACGCGCGGGAGCCCCGGGAGGGGACCCAGAGCCCCCCGGAGCCCCCAAGGAGCCCCCAGCAGAACCGCAGAGGCCCCCAGAGCGGCGCCACCAGGAGCCCCAGAGCCCAGCCCCCAGGGACGCACGGGAGGACGACGCGGAGCCCCCCCAGGAGCCCCCAGAGGCCCAGAGCCCCCCAGAGACCGCGGAGCGCCCCAGGACCCCCCAGGCCCCCGGAGAGCCCCCGGAAGAGACGCACGGGAGGGACGCGCGGAGCCCCGGAGGACCCCCGAGACCACCCCACGCCAACGCAGGCACGCAGCAUGCUGCCUACCCAGAGACGCUCAUAACACGCCAGCUGACCCCCGGAGCCUCCCACCACGCACAGCUAGCAAUGCGUCAGCACGCGUCAUGUACCUCCAUGCCCCUGACGCCCAGAAAAAAGAGAGCAGCAGACCAAUCCAGACAUCGAAGCGGUUUCGCUGCACGCCCUAGAGACACGCACUCCCAGAAGCCCCCCCAGAAGAACCCCAGAGGCCACCCGAGGACGCGCUCCAGGACACAUCCCCCUGUGCGCGAGGAAAGCGCCCAGACCCGCCAGAAGCAGACUCACGGGAGGCGUGACGCGCGGAGCCCCCCAGAGCCCCCCAGAGCCCCCAGACCCCCCAGACCCCCCCAAGGCCCCCUGUACGACCCCCCAGGGACGCACUGUGAUUAA